UUGCAGUUCGAGGGUUUCCGAAGAAGUGUCAAUUUUGUUGCCCGCAAAAUUUUAUUUACUGUGUUUUUCUUCUGAAAAAUCAACGAAAAUGUCGAAAUUUGGGUUUGGUACACCAACCACAACCCAGCCGGGGGCCCCUGGAGCACCGUCCUUUGGCACAACAACGUCUGUACCUAGUUUUGGCGGUUUUGGGGCCACGCCAGCCCCCAAUCCCACCACACAGGCUGGUUUCUCUUUUGGGACCACUCCGGCAGCAAGUUCCACAGGAUUGAGCUUCGGAGCAACGCCUCAACCUCAAGCGUCAUUUGGAUUUGGAGCCCCUCAGGCAACUUCUGCACCUCUUAAUUUCGGUACUCCAACACCAGCAGCACCAUCUGUGCCGUCAUUGGGUGGAUUUUCUGGAUUAGCAGCUACUGCAGCUAAACCUACUCCAACAACUUUGUCUUUUCCUCAGACAUUUGGCACGAAUCCCACCACUUCAGCUCCCACAUUGAGCUUCAAUGCCCCAACGACGUCUAUUGGUUUGAAUUUUGGGGCUCCGACUGCAACAACAAGUGCUCCAUUGUUCAAUUUUAACACCAGUACUCAACCUCAAGCUCAGCCUCCUGGAUUGUUAGGGGCCAAGACCACUGGUGCUUCCUUCAGCUUCCCAGCUCAAUCGACAACGGGAGUUUUUGGCGGAGUGCCUACAGCCACAACGGCUACAACGACGCAGUCCGUGGGAUUGGGAGGAGUGGAUAUAGCCACACAGCCAAAAACGACUGAAGGAACUGAUGCAGCAAAGAUCAAAGAAGCCCAGUUGCCACAGGAAAUUGUGGUGACGGUAAAGGGUCUUGAGGAUCACAUCAAGGAACAGCGUAAGAGUUCUGAUAUUGCACGUAAUUUUGAUCAGAAGUUGAAAAAGGUGGAAAAUGAGACGGAAUCUGUGCGAAGGACCCUGUCGGAGAUCAGUAAUAAGAUUGUGAAGAAUUAUUCGGCCAUCAAGCAGCUGAAGGCUGAAACAAAUGAGGCAAUUCAAAAUGCCGAGAUGGCACAGAGAACUCAUGAGACACCCAAUGGGCUGCAAUUUGAGAAUACCGCUCCACUCAAGUACUUCCUGGACAUCAUACAGAAGUACGAGAAUGAGAUGAUUGUGUUCAGGAAUCAGGUGGAAUUGACAGAGAAGCAUAUGUAUUCACUGAUGACACCACAAAAUUCCACAGCUGACGAUCUCAAGAGGGGCCUUCAUCAGAUCCAUGAGAGUUUUAUUGCCUUAGCUGGGCGUCUCCAUGAGAUCCAUCAGAGAGUGGAGGCACAGAAGGAGCACUAUUUGAAUAUCAGAAAGUUCUACCUCAAGGACUUUACGGAUGUGUUUGAGGAGGCGGAAAAACGUGAUGAUCCCAGGGAUUUGUCAAAAAUCUCCAAAGGGCCAACACCCUUUUCAACACUCACCAGUAUCAAUCUCGGGCAGACGGGUGUGCCCCAUUCAGCGCCAAAUACUCAAAGUGGAACAUCCUUUGGGGGGCUUUUUGGCUCAUCCGGGGGAAUGUCUGGAGGUAGUUCAUUCUUUGGCGGAGGAUCUGGAGGUUUGUUUCCCGGCACAACAAAUGAAAGUAGUUUCAAUCUGCAGAAGCCACCGUUGGGCAACAAGAGGAAUAAACCAUGAUUUUAUAGGAUUUUUUGAUGAAUUUUUCCAUGCGUACAAAAGAGAAAGAAAAAUCAGGUGAAGUAUAAAGUUCUGAGAGCCCUUCUAAAACUUUAUUUUGGAAAUUAAAUUAAAUUGCUAGAUCCUCAAUUAA